GUACCAGCUGGAUCCAGCAGCUCCAGAAGCUCGCGCUCACUUCCUGUGCGAUGCCUGGACUGGGUUUUUCUCAAACAUUCACGGAGAGCAGAUCAGGCGGCAGCACUUCUAUGACCUGCGCAACAUAUUGCCACCGAUCAAGGUUGCAGUGGAAGUGAAAUCUCACAAAGAGGUCUUGGAGUUGACAUUGCAGGAUGACAGCUCUGAGUGGGCAGCUUUGCCAUAUGAGAUAGCAUCGGCCUUUGUGAGAACGCUCGCAAUCCACAUGCAUCAGCUACAGGAGGCGAGGGAGGCCUACAACCAGUUGCUUGCAAAUGAUGCAAGUGAGACAGCUGCCAGCACCAUCAAGGCCAAAGGCGUGUAUGAGAAUCUGAAGAACUACUCAAGAUUUGUGGUGAUGAAUGCCAGGACGGGGCACUUGGCCACACAGGACUGGGUGGCCAGGAAUGUGACUCGCUUGCCAGAUGGAACUCCUACCUGGAAGAACAAGUCGGCCAAGAAGUCAUCUCCUUGGGCAAUGAUCUUUACCUUCAAGACUCAAGGAAAGGAGGCGGAAUUGUUCCUGAAUUUGGCUGUGGCUGCGCCUCAGCGUAGGGUGAGGUGCUGGGAUCUACGUGGUGGGAAUGAACGCUGCAAAAUCGCCUCCAUGCUGGUUGGCUAUGAGCACCUUUUGAAUGACUUUGAGCCAGAUGAUGAAGCUCAAGCGUCAGAUGCCGAGUCGGAAGCCACUGCAAUCGGCGAUGAAGCGGGACUUCCAGGACUGGUGUUGGUCCAGUGUUUCCUGGUGCCAGGACAAGAAUUGGCUAUGAUGGAGGUUGAGAUGCCUGAUCCUGCAGCAGCCACUGCUGCUGGCGCGGAAAGAGAACCAGAGCCUUUGAUGGACCGCUUUGAGAUGUUGGAAGCCGGUGUGAAAGAGAAGAAGCCUGAGCCUUUGCGUGAUGUGGGGGGAGAUGAUCGAGAUGUUGCUAACAUUGACCGUGAUGAGUUUGUGGCCAUGACUAACGUGACCAAGAGGCAUAGCUCAGGGGCCGUCUUCAUGUUUCGCCCUGCUUAUGUGGAGCUUCAUGGGAAAGGUCUGGUAGAUGUUCCAGAUCUUCCUGGAGCCGGCAUCUUCUACCACACAAGCACGAGACAAUGGCAUGCAGCCUGGGAGGGCGGCAACAAAGCCCCAAGCGGGCUUUGCUGA